AUGUUUUUGAAAGCAUAUGAGGAUACAUUCAACUGGAUGCCAUUGUGUGGAUUUAUUGCUGGAAGAAUCCUAUGCAUGCAUGGAGGAUUGUCACCUCAGUUGGCCAACAUUGAACAACUCCGACAUCUUCCACGUCCCCAGGAUCCACCAAAUCCAUCGAUGGGCAUCGAUCUUCUAUGGGCAGAUCCUGAUCAAUGGGUGAAGGGAUGGCAAGCCAACACACGCGGAGUGUCCUAUGUUUUUGGGCAAGAUGUGGUCUUCGAAACCUGUCAGAAACUAAACAUUGAUUUGAUUGCGAGAGCUCAUCAGGUAUGAGG